AUGUUCGCCAACGCCAAGGUUCUCGUCCUGCUCCUUGCCGCAGAGCUCUCAGCCGCCAACGUAGUCGCACGUACCGACUCAGGCCUUGAGAUCAUCGACUUAUCCGACCCCGUAGCAGCAGCGGCAGCAGGCCAUGGCUGCGCAGCGCCCGGAGCCGUCAACGGACAAUGCGGACGCUACUACCGCAGCGGAGGCUGCAACGACCAGAUCGGAUCCAUCGAUCCUGGAGAUUGCGAAGGUAAAUGCUACAAGCACCCAGCCGGUAUCCGCAGCGUCAAGGCCAUUGGCGACGGCACCUACGGCACCAACUGCCAGCUGUUCUCGGACGAGAAGUGCAGCGAUGGGAAGGAGCUAGGGGAGACGGGCAACGCUAUCUUUGUCACGGAUCAGAGGUGCUACACCGCGCCGGGCGAUAAGAAGGGCAAGAGCUUCCGCUGCUGGUUCAAGUGCUGA